GCCCUUCACCAUCAGUGCGAGAGCAGGGCUGAGGGGGAGCGGAUCUGAAGGGCCCGGGCGGUAUUCCCUCACACAUGGAGCUGUAGAGUAGCCACACACUUUUUUUUCUUCUUCUUUGUGGACUGUGGAAAAGGGAGAGCGUUUUCUCAUCUCAUUUUAAAGUCGCCCGUUCUCAGCACAGCCGCGGGCGCUCACCAUGGAGAUGCAAAGAUGGACCACCAGGUGGAAAACGAAACGCUGGUUAUUGGAUUCAACGCUGACCGCUUUGGUUACAUUAAUUUUACUUCUACAAGCGGCCGAAGUCCGAGCAGCUGAGCCCGUGGACGUUCUGAAGGCGCUAGACUUCAACAGCUCUCCUGAUGGAGUUCGUAAAACAACGGGCUUCUGCACGGCCCGCAGAGGAUCCAAACCCGACGUGGCUUACCGAGUGGGGAAACAGGCCCAGAUCAGUGCUCCAACCAAGCAGCUCUUCCCAGGGGGAGUUUUCCCAGAAGAUUUCUCCAUCCUGUUUACCAUCAAACCCAAGGCUGGCCUCCAGUCCUUCCUGCUGUCCAUGUACAACAAGCAAGGCAUCCAGCAGCUCGGCGUGGAGGUGGGCCGUGCCCCCGUCUUCCUGUACGAGGACCAGCAUGGCAAGCCUGCCCCCGAGGAGUACCCCCUCUUCCGCUCCGUCAACCUCGCUGAUGGAAAAUGGCAUCGUGUCGCUAUCAGCGUGGAGAAGAAGAGCGUCACCAUCAUUGUGGACUGUAAGAAGAAGGUGACCAGGCCUCUUGGCAGAAGUGACCAGGCCGUCAUCAACACAGAGGGCAUUACUGUCUUCGGCACCAGAAUCCUGGAUGAGGAGGUCUUUGAGGGUGACAUCCAGCAGCUGCUGAUUGUCGCAGACCCCAGGGCAGCCUACGACUACUGUGAACACUACAGCCCCGACUGUGAAACCCCCAACCACCAUGACACCCCCCAGGCUCAGGAACCUGAAGACGAGUACACUAACUAUGAAUAUGGUGAGUUCUAUGACUACAGUGAAGGAGUGGUAACCACUGACGCUCCCCCAACUGAAGGAGCCAAGACCGAGACUAAAGCGGGUGCAGAAUACUACACAGGUGAGUAUGACUACUCCACAGUGGAUGGAAGUCAGCCUGAAACUCCCACUGACACCGCCGGACAAGGACAGAGCUACGAUGGGGAAAUAGUGGAUGAUUACAUCACCGGCGUGGAGCAGGUCGGGCUGGACCCCACGGCAGCUGUGGAAACGGCCGCUGCCCCCGUCGACGCCCAAGAGAAGGCGGAGCCUGGCACUGACGCGUAUGAGUUUAAGGAGUACGACAUGAAGGAAUAUGACAACAAAGAGUUUGUAGAGAAGCCGUACGACUAUGGCGACUAUGGUGACUAUGGCACCGCUGAAGCCAGGCCUACAUCUCCCACAAAUGAGGACGAGUUUGGUCAGGGUGCUCCGGCAGAGACAGACUUCAGAGAGAGCAACGUGGGUGGAGGUCAGAGUUACCUGGGGGAGAAAGGAGAGAAGGGCGAACCUGCCGUCAUCGAGCCAGGGAUGCUUAUUGAAGGACCCCAAGGAGCCCCCGGCCAACCAGGUCUUCCUGGUACCGCAGGAUUGCAGGGUCCCCCAGGUGCCUCAGGAGAUCAUGGUGAGAGGGGUCCUCCAGGACGUCCCGGUAUUCCCGGUUCGGACGGUGUCCCUGGGCCUCCAGGUACCAUUCUGAUGCUGCCAUUCCGUGCGGGUGGCGAGUCGCACAAGGGACCAGUGGUUUCAGCCCAGGAAGCUCAGGCUCAGGCCAUCCUGUCUCAGGCCAGGCUGGCUAUGAGAGGUCCUCCAGGGCCUGCGGGCAUGACAGGGAGAUCUGGUCCUGUGGGAGGUCCUGGUGCUUCUGGUCUUAAAGGUGACGGUGGCGACUCCGGACCACAGGGACCCAGAGGUCUUCAAGGUUCGACAGGGCCUUCAGGAAAACCAGGAAAGAGGGGUCGUAACGGCGCUGACGGAGCUCGAGGUCAGCCAGGAGAGUCCGGGUCCAAGGGUGACCGAGGAUUCGACGGCCUCCCAGGUCUGCCCGGAGAGAAGGGACACAGAGGAGAAUUCGGUCCAUCGGGUCCUCCGGGUCCUCCAGGAGAGGACGGCCCAAGAGGUGAAGAUGGCCAGGUUGGACAGAGAGGUGUGGCUGGAGAGAGCGGUCCUAGAGGUUUGCUCGGCCCCAGAGGGUCUCAAGGUACCGCAGGACAGCGUGGUCUCCCUGGAAUCGAUGGGCAAGCCGGUCCCAAAGGAAACAUGGGUCCACAAGGAGAGCCAGGGCCUCAUGGGCAGCAGGGUUUGCCUGGUCCACAUGGUCUUAUUGGUCCUCAAGGUCCAAUCGGGGGUCCCGGUGAGAAAGGACCUCAAGGUAAACAAGGCUUGGCUGGGCUUUCUGGUGCAGAUGGUCCUCCUGGUCAUCCAGGCAAAGAGGGCCCUGCAGGCGAGAAAGGAACAUCAGGUCAUCCUGGUCCUAUGGGAUCCAUCGGCUACCCUGGGCCUCGUGGUGUGAAAGGAGCCGAGGGCAUCAGAGGUCUAAAAGGUGGCAAAGGAGAAAAGGGAGAAGAUGGAUUCCCCGGCUUCAAGGGAGACAUGGGUCUCAAGGGCGACAAGGGCGAGAUCGGUGUGGAUGGAGCCAGAGGAGAGGACGGUCCAGAGGGCCCCAAGGGCAAAUCAGGACCUGGAGGAGAGUCCGGCCCCUUGGGAUCAGCCGGAGAGAAGGGAAAACUUGGAGUCCCCGGUUUGCCUGGUUACCCUGGAAGACAAGGCUCCAAGGGCUCAAAUGGCUUCCCAGGGUUCCCUGGGGCAAAUGGCGAGAAAGGAGCAAGGGGAAUCGCCGGCAAAUCUGGCCCCAGAGGGCAACGUGGCCCAACGGGUCCACGUGGUGGACGCGGUGCAAGAGGACCAACAGGGAAACCAGGUGCCAAGGGCACCUCAGGCAAUGAUGGACCUGCCGGCCCACCAGGAGAGAGGGGACCUAAUGGACCACAGGGACCCGUCGGCUUCCCUGGACCCAAAGGACCCAACGGCCCGGCAGGAAAGGAUGGGCUGCCCGGUCAUCCCGGACAGAGAGGAGAGACGGGCUUCCAAGGAAAGACAGGACCUCCAGGACCCGGAGGGGUGGUUGGACCACAGGGACCAACUGGUGAGACUGGACCCAGCGGAGAGCGAGGGCACCCAGGUUCUCCUGGUCCACCUGGUGAGCAAGGUCUGCCUGGAGCUGCUGGGAAAGAGGGUGGAAAGGGUGAUCCAGGUCCUCAGGGUCCUGGUGGCAAGGCAGGACCCGCCGGCCUGAGGGGCUUCCAGGGUGCUAGAGGUCUUCCAGGGGGCAUGGGUCCAGCUGGCUUGAAGGGAGGAGAAGGGCCUCAGGGCCCCCCCGGCCCCCUCGGUUCACCUGGAGAGAGAGGUGCCGCUGGCCCUGGAGGUCCCAUUGGUCUGACAGGACGCAACGGUCCCCAAGGGCCCCCCGGCCCCGCUGGAGAGAAGGGCGGCCCUGGAGAGAAAGGUCCCGUGGGCCCCGCUGGCCGUGAUGGCAUCCAAGGUCCCGUUGGUCUUCCUGGCCCAGGUGGUCCUCAGGGUCCCCCUGGAGAGGACGGUGACAAGGGAGAAGUUGGUGGACCUGGACAGAAGGGAGGCAAAGGAGACAAGGGCGAACUGGGUCCACCAGGUUCAAAUGGUCUUCAGGGUGUGCUCGGAGCUCCUGGUCCAGCUGGCAGCGACGGCGAGUCCGGGCCGAGAGGACAGCAGGGCAUGUUCGGCCAGAAAGGAGACGAAGGAUCUCGAGGAUUCCCAGGUCUACCAGGACCAAUCGGGCUGCAGGGUCUGCCCGGCCCUCCUGGUGAGAAGGGGGAGAAUGGAGACGUCGGAACGAUGGGUCCACAUGGUCCUCCAGGCCCCAGAGGUCCUCAAGGUUCCAGCGGAGCCAAUGGUGCACAAGGUCCUCCCGGUGGUAUCGGUUCAAUGGGAGGUGUCGGAGAGAAGGGAGAAACCGGAGAGGCUGGAAACCCAGGAUCAGCUGGAGAGCCUGGUAUGGGUGGCCCCAGAGGAGAGACUGGUGAUAAGGGAGAAUCUGGUCCUCCAGGAGCUGCUGGACCCGCCGGUGCCCGUGGACCCUCUGGAGAUGAUGGUCCCAAGGGAAACCCUGGUCCUGUCGGCUUCCCAGGAGACCCAGGUCCCCCCGGAGAGGCUGGUGCUGCUGGCGUUGACGGUUCAGCUGGUGACAAAGGAGAUGAUGGAGAUGCCGGACAACCUGGUCCUCCUGGUCCAUCUGGUGAGUCUGGUGUACCAGGACCUCCCGGCAAACGGGGACCUGUAGGAAAAACGGGUCAGGAGGGCAAACAGGGAGAGAAGGGAUCCAAGGGCGAAGCUGGAGCCGAGGGACCUGAUGGGAAAACCGGACCUGUGGGACCUCAGGGACCCAAUGGAAAGUCUGGUCCUGAGGGACUCCGUGGAAUCCCUGGCCCUGUUGGUGAGCAAGGCCUCCCCGGUGCUUCCGGUCAGGACGGCCUUCCUGGACCUCUCGGACCCCCUGGACUUCCCGGUAUGAAAGGUGACUCUGGACACAAGGGAGAGAAGGGUCAUCCAGGUCUGAUUGGUCUGAUCGGACCCCCUGGGGAGUCCGGAGAGAAGGGAGACCGAGGUCUGCCUGGACCUCAGGGUCUUUCAGGUGGCAAGGGAGACGCUGGUCUUGGUGGUCUCCAUGGUCCUCUCGGUCCUCCUGGUCCUCCUGGUAUCGCUGGCUCUCAAGGCCAGAAGGGAUCAAAGGGAUCAUCUGGUUCAACUGGUCAGAAGGGAGACACUGGACUGAUUGGAGCUCCUGGACCUCCAGGUCCACCUGGUGACAUCAUCCAGCCGCUGCCCAUGCAGCACUCUUCCAGAAAGACGCGGCGACAGGCGGACAUGCAGGGAGACGAGGCGCUGUCUGACUACGGCGUGGACGGCGUGGGCAUGGAGGGAAUGGAGGACGUCUUCGGAUCCCUCAACAACCUCAAACAAGACAUCGAGCGCAUGAAGUUCCCGAUGGGCACCCAGGACAAUCCUGCCAGGACCUGCAACGACCUGCACCUCAGUCAGCCCGACUUCCCAGACGGUGAAUACUGGAUCGAUCCAAACCAGGGCUGCAUAGGGGACGCCAUCAAAGUGCUCUGCAACUUCACAGCAGGAGGAGAAACGUGCAUCUACCCAGAUAAGAAAUCCACAGGAGUCAGAAUAUCCAACUGGCCCAAGGAGUCUCCAGGUUCAUGGUUCAGUGAAUUUAAACGAGGCAAAAUUUUGAACUACGUGGACGUGUCAGAAAACACCAUCAACACGGUGCAGAUGACCUUCCUGAAGCUGCUCAGCUCCUCCGCACGGCAGAACUUCACUUACAUCUGCCAUCAGUCCGUGGCCUGGUACGACGCCGGCGCCGACAACUACGACAAGGCGCUGCGCUUCCUGGGCUCCAACGACGAGGAGAUGUCCUACGACAAUAACCCCUUCAUCAAGCCGCUGACGGACGGCUGCUCGCUGAAGCAGGGCUACUCGAGGUCAGUGCUGGAGAUCAACACUCCUCGCAUCGACCAGUUGCCCGUCAUUGACGUCAUGCUGAACGACUUUGGGGACUCCAACCAGAGGUUCGGCUUCGAGGUCGGCCCCGUGUGUUUCCUCGGCUAGACACGCCCCCUUCUCCCGCUGAAGGACAGGGCCACGUCAACACCCACAUGCUGAGACCCGACAUCCUCUUUACCUUCUCUCCCCGCGAAGCAAAAAACCUGUGUUUUUCUUUUGUUGCCGAGAAGAUCCACUCAAGCCCGGAGAAGAAGUGUGCCCCCCCAUCCCCCCCUCCCCCCCAGGCCCUGUCAUGAAGGCGCUGACCAGGGGAAACUGCUCCUCGCCCUUGUAGGGCCAGAAUCACAUGACUUUGAGUGACAUCAGGAAAACGGGCAUUUGAUGCCGUGGCGGACAGUGGCGCACUUUCAGCAACAGAGAGAGGAUCCAAUCCCCCCAGGCCCCCACCUCCCUCGUCCUUCCCCCCCCACCACCAGGCCUCCCUCUCUGGACGCUCCAGGUGCUGCUCUGAACACAACCACAGAGGUGCUUUUGUGCAGAAUCACAAAACGCUCCAGGUGCUACAAAAAAGUGCUUUUUGAUAAAACUGUAAUUAUUAUUAUUAUUUUGUACAAUAUUGUUCCUUUCCGAAUCCACUCCUUAAAAACUUGCAUGUGCCCCAGUAAAUAUUUGGUUAACUAUAUUAGAAUAAAUAUAUUUGAUGUUUGUUAAGAACAAAUUCGAGAAAGUCGUACAUUCAUGACGUGAUUUGACAAAAGCUUUAAUUUGUAAGUAUAAAAUAAUCCUUUUGUAAAUAACAUAACUUUCAUUAUUUGACUUGUAUGAUAACAAACAAAACUGGAACACGACACUUAACUCUAAAAUCAUUUUUGUCUUUUUUUUCAUGUCAUACCAGUAGGUAUGUCCAUUAGGAAAUUAAGCCAUAAUAAUAAGAUGAGAUAGUAAUAUAAAUAUUGUAAGAAAGGGCUUAUUCUUCCAGACAGACUUUAUUCACCCGGAUGUUUGACCUCCGUUUCUUUUCAAAAUGUGGAGAGGUUCGGCUCCUCGCCCCUCGUCAUUAUAUCUUGGAAACAAAAUCAGGUUUGAACAUUAUUUGUGGUGACUAACUAACAAAGAAAAAAAACAUUUUUGUGUAGUUAAAUUCAUCCAGUUGUGUUUUUUUUUUUUUUUACAAAUUCUCAACAGGCUCUGUUGAUUUUUCUUCUUUGUAACUAUGAACAAAUUGUUUUCAUGUGCCUUGAAUUGUUCAUUCUAAAAAUAUUAAAACUGGAUUCUGAAACAUC